AUGCCGGCACGACCAGUGGUGGCGACGGGCAGUGGACUUGGCCAGGGAACGGCACCGGCGCGUGUGGCGAGGUCAGGCGGGCCCUACCAGCAGGCUACGGGGGGAGACGGACAACAACUCUCACCGGCAGCGGUGCGUGCAGUUGUCGGGCUUCAAUGUUUUGGGUGUGGCGAAAUGGGCCAUCGCCAGGCGGUCUGUCCGAAGGGUGCGGCGACACGGGCCUUAUUUACAGAGGAUGUGGGGGACUAUGCUGCCGGCGAGGAUUAUGAGAAGCACGAAGAUGUCAGCGUCUUCAUUUUCUUCUCCGUCUAG